AUGAGUUAUAUUGGUAUGGGUGGGAUGGUGCCGAGACCUUUGGCGACGAGGUUGAGGGAGGGCCAGAUUCUGCUGGCUAAGGAUAUCAAUACUCAUUUUAUUGAUUUGGAGGGUCACUCGCUUGGGAGGAGGCAGAUUCCUUGGUCUCAUGCACCUGUUGAUGUCGGGUAUUCUUAUCCGUUCCUGCUUGCGUUGCAUGAUUCUUCGAAGGGUGUGCUUGAGGUGCGCAAUCCUGAGACGCUCUCGCUGCUUCAGUCUAUUCCGCUGCCUGCGGCUAGUAUUUUGCAUAUCCCGCAGCCGAAUAUUAGUCUUGCGCAUGCGGGGAAGGGGUUUCUUGUUGCGAGUGAUCGCACUAUUUGGCGUAUGGAGGCGCUGAGUUAUGAUACCCAGAUUGAUGCGCUGGUUGAAAAGGGGUAUCUUGAUGAGGCUAUUAGUCUCCUUGGUAUGCUUGAGGAUGCUCUGGUCAAGGAUAAGGCUGGGAGACUUCGCUUAGCGCAGUUGGAAAAAGCCCAGAGUCUUUUCGCUUUGCAUAAGUUCCGCCAUGCUUUGGAUCUCUUCACGGAGGUUGCUGCCCCGCCGGAGACUGUUAUACGCCUCUAUCCGAAGUUGAUUGCUGGUGACCUCUCUGCAGUUCCAGCCCAAGAGCCCGAGGAGGCUGCCGCCAAUGCCAAUGCCGAUGGGUCAGAUACAAAGCCCGCCGGUUCAGAUGGUUCGUCUGAGCUUCCGGCUGGACAGUCCAUGUAUGCAACCUCGGUGCUGUCUCUCCUUCGCAGGACCGAAGAAGGCAGUGAUACGAGUAGCAUUCGGGGCGAAGACAAGGAUAAAGAGAAGGACAAGGAUAAGGAGCUUAAGAUGGCUGUCCGCGAGUUGCAGGGAUAUCUGGCAGAUGUCCGACGGCGCUUCCAGCGUUUCCUCGGGCCCGAUGGGGCUCUUAAGCUCCCUGCCCUGCGGAGGGAGUUCCUGGAUACCAUCCGUGACAAGGCUCGACUCGUCGACACCACCUUGUUCCGGGCUCAUAUGUACGCUACGCCAUCGCUGGCAGGGUCUCUCUUCCGAAUUGCCAAUUUCUGCGACCCGGAGGUCGUGAUGGAGCGAUUGGAAGAAACGGGUCGGUAUAAUGACUUGAUUGAUUUUCUCUAUGGGAAAAAGCUGCAUCGGCAGGCUUUGGAGUUGCUGCGUCGAUUCGGACAGGAAGAGUCCGGUCUGCUCAGUGGUCCGAUGCGGACUGUUGGCCUGAGCUGGGGAUGGAGAUUUUUUUUGGCUGAAACUGAGAAUGCCGAGACGCUGCCUCGACAGGAUGUACUCUCGUUUCUCGAGGGUAUCGAUGCGCAACUUGCUAUUCGGUAUCUCGAGCAUGUCAUUCAGGAAUGGAAUGACCUGACCCCGGACCUGCAUCAGCGCUUGGUGGUAUUGUACCUUGACCAGAUCACAGCGCACAAGGGCGAAGACGGGGAUACGGAAUACAGCUCCAAAUUCCUGGCCAUGCUCAAAGACAGUGAGCAGUAUUCUCCCGCAAAGACCUUGGACCGACUGGACCGCGACGACCCCAAUUUCUACGAGGCCCGGGCUAUCCUAUUCAGUAAGAUGGGGCAGCACCGCCAGGUACUGGAAAUCUACGUGUUCAAGCUGAAAGACCACGAAAAGGCAGAAGAAUACUGCAAUCACGUCCACCUCUCCGAAGAACAAGACCAAGAAGACACCAUCUACCUCACCCUCCUAUCUCUCUACCUCACACCACCCCACAGUCACGAAGUCCAGAAUGGACCCGCUCUCGCCAUCCUCGCCAAACACGGUUCCCGACUCCCCGCCGACGCCGCACUAAGCCUGAUCCCGGCGGAGCUGGAAGUGCGCGAACUGGAAUUCUACUUCAAGGGUCGUAUGCGCGCGGCCAAUUCGGUGUUCAAUGAGGCUCGCAUCGUGGCUCAGCUUCGUAAGACGCGGGAUAUGCAGAUUCAGGCACAGCUUGCUCUUGGUGAUGGGGUUCGUGGUGGUGGGACGCGGGCUCGACAUGUCACGGUCACGGAGGAACGGAUUUGUGGGGUUUGUCAUAAGCGGUUGGGUGGGAGUGUGAUUAAUGUGUUUCCUGAUCCAGUGCAUCCAGUGCUAACCAAUCUUCCCUCCCAGCAAUACCGUCGUACACCUCGGCUGUGCGAAUCGAGUUUCCAGCGUUCGGGGGUAGGUGGUCUGUGGUCUUUGUGA